GCAGUAAGAUAACAUGACGUUAAUAUCCUGCGCCCAGACGUUUACGCGACGCAUGAAAUAGCAAUGGCCAGUGCUAAGAAGAAAACUCCACUGUCCUCUUUGGUGGAUUAUGUCGACGAUUCAGAAGCGGAUUCUGACUCAGAGACAGAAGAAACAGGAGGUGCAGGUACAGGUCUGGUGUAUGGCUACCGUGGGGAUGAUCUUAACACAACUGAAGACCAAGAAGAAAAGAUAUCUGGAGAUGAAGACAGCAAAGAAAGCAACUCGGAAGUGGAAGAAUCUGACGAGGGGAGAGACGCUGAUGAUGUUGAGAUCUCAGAGGCAGAGAAGAAAGACCCGAAUGAACUUGUUGCUCUAUUCUCCGAGAAGGUGAGGAGCAUGUCCCCUGAUGAGAUCAGGAUGCCACCGGAGCCCCCCGGACGCUGCUCCAGUCAACUCCAGGACAAGAUCCACAAGCUGUAUGGAGACCUGCUACGUGGAGACCUGGACAUAAACAGCCACAUCCAGAAAAAGAAGGAGUUCAGAAACCCAAGUAUUUACGAGAAGCUGAUCCAGUUCAGUGGUAUAGACGAAGUGGGGACAAACUACCCCAAAGACAUGUUUGAUCCUCACGGCUGGUCAGAAGACUCUUAUUAUGAAGCUCUAGCAAAAGCCCAGAAGGUAGAGAUGGACAAACUGGAUAAGGCCAAGAAAGAGAGAACCAAGAUUGAGUUUGUCACAGGGACUAAAAAAGGCACCAACCCCUCCAAUACGGCCGCCUCCACCAACAACAACAGCACCACCACCACAGCCACAGCAGAGGCCCAGAAGAGGAAGAGUAAGUGGGACUCUGCCAUCCCCGUGACUUUAGCCCAGCCCACACUCAUCACCACCACUGCCACCCUGCCUGCCGUCGUCUCCGUAACAACCACAGCCAGCGGCACCAAAACCACCGUCAUCUCCGCAGUCGGCACCAUCCUCAAAAAAGCAAAGCAGUGAACAAAAUAAAACAACAAAAGGCUCACUGCGUUUAAGCAGUAGGACGUCAUGGACAGUUGGACAUCGUAGACAGGUUGGCGUGUACGACUUUAGCUGAGAAUGACUAAAUAAAGCCCCCUUCUCCACAUGGACUGAGACUGUGAUCUGCCUUUUGUCUCUGGGAUUUGAUCUCUGCACUGAAGCAACAUCACCAACAACGUUUGUUUUUUUCCCCCCCUCUGUUCCAUCAGUUGUGUUCUUGGUUGUAUAAUGACACUGAUUAAAACACAACAGGAACACCAGGUGGUGUGGGUAGAGUAUUUACCUGCCUCCUUCAACAGUUAUCCCAGAAUGAGCAUCACUGUAUUAUUUUUCAUCUUUUUUUAUCUGUCAUCACUCUCCCUUGGCUAAGAUCAUUUUUUUACACUUGUAUAUACAGUAUGUGUUGCUUGUGAACGAUGAAAAUAAAUGGUUCAGAUGUUGUCUUUUCACUUUGA